AUGGACCUUCCCCCGGCGCCGACGCCGCCAGUUAAUAGCGGCGGAAUGCCUUCCAAUGCCGAUCGAACGGCCAACUUGCUGAAUCUGCUCAAGUUCAGCGGUGGGUCGGGCAGCUCCAGCUCCCAACAGCAACAGCAGCAACAUCAACAUCCAGCCCAGCAACAGCAACAGCUUCAUCAUCAGCAUCAUCAUGCUCAGCAACACCAACCUGAGCACCAUCAGCAUGUGCAGCAGCCGCACUAUCAGCACCAGCCUCGCCAGCCUAGCUACUCGCAGGCCCAGUACUCGUCACCUCCCACUCGUAUCCUGCAGCCCGCACCUGCUGGAGCUGACCCGACGGGUUUGCUCGCUGCAUUGAUGCGAGGUGCCCACGAAGCCGACGAAGAGACUCGGCAAUCUGCUGCUGCUACUGUUGCUGCUGCUGCUGCUGCUGCCCCGGUCUCGUCAGCACCGGAGCAUGCUCAGCACACGCAGCCUGCCAAUUCUAAUCCGUUUGCAAACGGCUCGCCCUCUGCUGAUACGAGAUCCUACUUGCUCAAUUUGCUGAACCGCCCCAAGCCAAGCCAGACUGACCAGCCAAUGUUGACUGAAACGUCACGAUCCAAUGGUGCUGCCUCUCAGUCUCCCGAAAUUACGACCGACUCGAGCCGUUUCUUCCAUCAAUACCAGCAACAGCAACCACAACCACAGCCGCAUUUACAGCAGCAGCAGCAGGAGCAGCAGCAGGCACAGCCGAAUGCCUAUCAACCCCAGACCCAGCAGCAUAUUCAACAACAGCACCCGCAGCGCCAGUCCUCCGAGUCAUACAGCGAGUCUUACCACCAGACUUCCAAUCCCUCAUCCUAUGCGUAUCAACACCAGCAGUCGCAGGACUCGCCUGACGUUUCAGCUUUAUUCCAGCAGCUCAUGGGUAGCCUUGCUCAGUCGUCGCCUCAGUCUUAUACCUCCCAGCCUGCUGCAAACACAGCGCAGCCGCCGUUUCAAAUCCUCAAAACGGAACAGGCUUCACCAGCUGGUUCUCAGGCCCGCGCUGGAAGUGAGCGCAGCCUUCUUGCCAGUCCUCCAGAGCAGAUUCGCCACACCGCUAAUCGCACUUCUUCGCUUCACUCGCAUCCGUCUGCCCGACACUCAGCUAAGCAGACACCCCCUACCGAGUUUGAAAGCUUAAUCUCUGUGGACAAAAACAAGGAGACAGUCGCUGAGGCCGUAAAUGACCUCGCUGACCAAGCUGAUCGUGAUGCUCAGGAGGCUCUUGAUAGAGCUGAGCACGACCUUGCUUCCACUGACGCUGUCGAAGAUGCUGUUCGUCAGGAGCCGUCGUCAGAACAGGAAUGGGCUGGCGAUGCUGUCCACGCUGCAAUCGUCCAAUCAGUCGAGAAGCAGAUCGUCCAGAGUAUCAAAGACGGCAUUGACAAGGACGAGGCAUACCACAAUGCCGAAACGUCAUUUAUCAACGAUGCUUCCGACUCUGGCAAUGUCACCGGAGAGAAUGUGCGAGGCGUAGCUGAUAGCUGGGAGAGCGCCGAUUUGGAGGAGACCAUUGAAGUCGAAGAAAAGGAGCUGCCACAAGUCCGAGUGUACAAGUUCCCCCAGGAGCCUUGGAAUUCCAUUUCCCUCAAGGAAGAAAUCGAAGAGACACGACCCGAGUUCCGCGACGAGUCCAUCAUGGACAUUGCCCGUCUCAAGAAAGAGUUUGACCAGAUUGACCGCAAUCUCUUCACUGCUUCCCAGACAUAUAUGACCUAUGGCAUGUCCAAGCAGGGUGGUUUGCGUGUUAUUCGUCAGGAUGACGGCAAGGAUGCCAAGGUUUUCACCGACACAAAGGACCGCAUCUUUAACGUUGCCAUGUCUGUUACCCCCCCAGAGAGUGGUAGCGUCCACCGGGAAGCCAUCAUCGGUACUGGCGUCGGGGGAGCUGUCUACUGGGUUCAGAUUAAGGACGGCGAGAAGGAUCAUAUUGAGGACCCUCACUUGGAACAGUAUGGGUUCGCUCUUCCUCCUAUCUCGUCACCUGAUGGUGAUGCGCCUGGAGGCCUUCUCAAGACUCGUGCCCGCGCCUCUACCGCCCACCCCGAGUUCUUCGCGGUUGGUCGCGGCAAGUCCAUCAACUUCAUCUGGCCUGCGUACAUUUUGCAGAACAAGCUCUUCAAGACGGGCCAUGACCGCGUUGUUGACACCGAAGCUCUUCUGACGCAGUGCUCACUAAAGAUCAACACUGGUAAGGCUGGUAAAGACUUUACUUUCAGCCAAGACGAUUCCGUUGUCGUGUCACUUGACAAAUCUGGUCGGGUUAAGUUCUGGGAUGUUCGUAGCCUCACCAAGGUCAAGGAAGACUCUGACUACCGUUACCCCUUGCCUGCCGAGUCGUCAUUGGAAGUUAAGGAGCCCCUGAUGACCUUGGCCACCACUCCCGACGGAGAAAAGGCGUGGCCCACCUCGGUCUUGCUGCUGGAUAGGAAGAAGGCUUACGAGCAGAGAGGCCCGCUUCGCUACAUGGUAGUCGGCAUGAAGCAGAACCACACGCUCCAAGUCUGGGAUCUGGCUUUGGGCAAGGCUGUCCAAGAGUUCAACCUUCCUCACAGCAAGGAGUCCGAUGCUGUCUGCAGCGUCAUGUACCACCCUGCCAGUGGCAUGAUUGUUAUCGGCCAUCCCACUCGCAACUCAGUCUACUUUGCUCAUUUCUCGGCACCUAAGUACAGUCUUGAGAAUGUGUCCCAGGUUGACUACAUCGAGAAGCUUCUCCAACCCCUGAAGCCCAACGAAGUUUGCCCAAUUCGAAAGCCGAGUAGUACAGCGAUCAUUAGUGGUUUCCGCGAGUACUCAUUCGCCAACCGAGGAGUCCUGCGCAGCCUGGAUAUUCUGUACACGCCGAUCACGAAGCAAGCCUCGGCUCAAGCUGGUGGCCAUGAUGCCAAGGACAAGGAUCGUACCCGGUUCGAGCUUUACGCCAUGCACUCCAAAGGCGUCGCUUGUGUGCUUGUGAAGAAGAGUGAUUUGGGAGGAUCGGAGAACACUCUGGUUCUCGACGCAGUAAAGGAGGGUCUUGUUGCUGUCUCUGACUUUAACAAGCCAACCGCAGUUGACCCUAGCCACGGCGGGAACCAAGCCGCCAAGAAUGCCGCUACUCGUGCCCCAGUCAAGACGUCCCCAAGCCAGCAAUCUACCUCCGUUGCACAGAGUGAUACAACUCAGCGAGGGUCCGAAGCGGCCACUCCAGUGAAACCAAAGAAUGAGCCCAAAGAAGCCGAGACCCCUGUGCAGUCCUCCAAAGAGGGCCAGGCCGAAAAGCCGGAGCGCAAAUCUCGGAAGAAGAAGGGCAAUGCUGCAGCCAAGGAAGCUGAAGCCGCUGCUAAUGGAGCCGCCAACUUGCCUCGCGCACAACACGUUGGAAAGGCGGACAAGACUGAAACUGCCAUCGCAAAGACCAACACCGCCUCGGCUGUUACCAGUGGUGUGACCGCAGAGUCCUUUGACUCAGCUAUCAACACCAUGCAGGCCAAACUGACUGUUGCGGUAUCCGACACUCUCAAAUCCUCACUCAAGAAUCUUCAGGGCAAAAUUGAUGAGGGAGCUCGCGCUAGGGACGAAAACUUCAACCAGCACCAGCUCAAACUCUUGGACAUGGUAUCCGAGGUGCUCAACGAGAACACCCAAAAGGUUUUGGAGUCUUUAAUCCAUCAUCAGUUCACGGAACUUUUGGUGCCCGCCAUUGGAGAGAAGGCCACAAAGGCAGUCUCCGAUGUACUUCAGCACAAGCUUCAACCUAACGUCGCUUCGGCCGUGCAGAAGGAAAUUCAAAAUGCCCUGCCCCAGGCUCUGAGCAGGUCACUUCGAUCUGCGGACUUUACGACGACGAUUGCUGAACGCGUUGGCACAAGCGUCAACUCCACGGUGCAGCAAGAAAUUGUUGCCACGCUUAGUCAACGUCUGACCCCUACAUUUCGAAACAUUGCCGCGCAGUCAGCCCAGCAGGCUGCUGCAGAAGUUCACCAGCAGUACAACGACAAGCUGGAACAAAUGCAAUCUCAACACGCCGCCGACACUGGCAAGAUCGAUCAGCUCCUGUCGUACGUGACCCGCCUCACUGAUAUGGUUUCUACCAUGGCUGCGACUCAGUCGUCCCUUCAGGCCGAGUUCCUGAAGCUGAAACAGCAACCCGUCCAUGAGCUACCUGGAGCCUCUGGUGCCCAAGGCCCGUCCAGAGAUGGGGGUCAUGGGCCUCAGGGUAUGGGCCACUAUGGUCGAUAUCCCAACAAUGGUAUGCAACCUGGACCGAAUGUGCCCUCGAGCAUUGGCGGCUUUCAACAAUCUCAACCCCGUGGCCACCACCAUCAACAGCAACAGUAUGCCGGCAGCCCCGAGUACAUGCGCAGUGGUCCAACCAUGGGCAGCCCACAAGGCCCUCCUUCCGACAUGACUUUCGCAACCAAGAACACUGGCGUAGCCAGUGGUUUUGCCAAUCCCAACAACGAGCCUUCGUCUGUGGACCAGAAGAUCCAUGAUAUCGAGGAAGCCAUAAAGGAUGGUGAGCUGCAGCUUGCCAUGUUCCGGUGGAUUGAGGGUCUCCAUCAGCAGGAGGUCUUCCAGCGUUGCCUGAGCUUGUACCCGCCAAGCCGCUUCGAACGUUUGCCCCUUCUGUUGCUUUUGGCCGUUACUGCGACAAUUUCCAACGGUCUGUCUGUCAACAAUCGCCUCAAGCAGCAAAUUGAUUGGAUUGAGAUGGCCGUCAGAUCAUUCGAUCAAAGAGUAACAGGACCUGAAUGGGACAAGCAAGGCCCGCCCGAAGUCCUGCAGCAUGCAGCGGCCACGAUGCACCGAUUGAUUGACCAGCUGGGCCCGCUCCUUGCUGGAUAUGACAGUGGUUAUCCUGUCGAUCCCUGGCUGGCUAAUGUUGAGCGAUCCAAGAUGGAAGGGGUUAUUCGCUCCUCGGAACAUGUUUUGCAGUCGUUGGAGAUUCUCAGAGCUACGAGCUGA